AUGCAUACUCAACACGAUGACCGCGAUAUCCUCCCUGGUGCAGUCACCAAAACACCACCAAAGUCCAACGCGUCUUCAUUGACUAUGCUAAAAGCAUCCGCCGGUCCGAAUGAACUCGUUUUUACUCGUAUCGGCCCCUGGCGCAUCAACAUGGAAAUCUCAACCAAGAACCAACCCGAAAACACACUAUACUCCAUCGACAUUGCCGGUCUAUUCAGCGACAACACCGAAAUAACAAUGUACAGCGGAUCCAAAAAGGAAAACCGUGUCCUCGGUCACUGUCGCUUCAACAAGUUCCGCCCAUCUGAGAUGCAGAUUAGCUCUCAUGGGACCUCAUCGCGUAUGAUAUGGAUCAAGCAACACGAUUCUUAUCGCUGGUCUGUGCCGCAAAAGUCAGAAGCAGGCGAGAAGACCGAAACGAUGGAUGAGAAGUACUUCUUAUGGAAAACAGUCGAAUACCCGGCGUCUUCAUCCGGUAAUCGGGUAUACCAGAAUCUGGAGCUUGGUGAUAUGGACAACUCUACUGUCUACGCUGCGUAUUCCGGGGGUGCACCUGGUACCAAGAGUGGUGGGAGUUUGCUUUUGAGAGAGGAUAUGGGAGAGGAUAUGAUUACGAUGGCUGUAUUGACUGUGUGUGGUUUGAUUGAAAAGGAAAGGCAGACGAGAGCGAGAAAGGGGAACUUUACGAUUGGCAUGCUGGCCUAUUAA